CAGAACACGAGCUCAGUAACUGUGCCAGAAACACUGUUGUUUGUUUCAACCCUUGAUGGAAGUUUACAUGCUGUCAGCAAGAGGACAGGAGCAAUCAAGUGGACUUUAAAAGAAGAUCCUGUACUCCAGGUGCCAAUACAUGUGGAAGAGCCAGCAUUUCUUCCAGACCCAAAUGAUGGCAGCUUGUAUACGCUGGGUGGCAAGAAUAAUGAAGGCUUGACUAAACUUCCCUUUACUAUCCCAGAGCUGGUGCAGGCAUCUCCCUGUCGCAGUUCAGAUGGGAUCCUCUACAUGGGUAAAAAACAGGAUAUUUGGUACGUGGUCGACCUCAUGACUGGGGAGAAACAGCAAACCUUGACUUCUUCAUUUGCAGAAAGUCUUUGCCCGUCAACAUCCCUCCUGUAUCUUGGGAGAACAGAGUACACGAUCACAAUGUAUGACACCAAGAAGAAGGAGGUGAGAUGGAAUGCCACCUAUUUUGAUUAUGCAGCUACUCUGCCUGAUAAAGACAUAAAAUACAAAAUGUCCCACUUCGUGUCCAACGGCGACGGGCUGGUGGUGACGGUGGACAGCGAGUCUGGGGACGUGCUGUGGAUCCAGAAUUACGCCUCUCCUGUGGUGGCGUUUUACAUCUGGCAGCGCGAGGGGCUGCGCAAGGUGAUGCACACCAACGUGGGCAUCGAAACGCUGCGGUACCUGACCUUCAUGUCUGGGGAGGUUGGACACAUCACCAAGUGGAAAUACCCUUUCCCAAAGGAAACGGAGACCAAGAGCAAACUGACACCAACCCUGUAUGUGGGGAAAUACUCCACGAGUUUGUAUGCGUCGCCAUCGAUGGUGCACGAAGGAGUAACUGUUGUGCCCCGCGGCAGUGCCAUACCCUUACUGGAGGGCCCCAAGACAGAAGGAGUCACGAUUGAGGACAACGGCGAGUGUGUGAUCACCCCCAGUACGGACGUGAAGCUUUCAGGCAGACUGAAAGGGAAGAACAAACUCAAUUACUGGAACGACUGGCUUUUAAUAGGGCACCAUGAAACACCAUUAUCUGCCCCUACAAAGAUGCUGGAGAAAUUCCCAAGCAACCUACCUAAGAGGCCUGAAAAUGUGAUUCCGGCUGACUCUGAUAAAGCCACUAUUGAAGAGGUCAUUGAUAUUGUUGAAGGUUCUUCAACAGAAGUGCCUCCUGCUGUUCCAAAGGAUAUUGAGGAGAAACUUGCUCACCCUGUCUUUCGUCCAGAGGCUCCUGUGGACUCCAUGUUGAAAGACAUGGCCACCAUCAUUCUCAGCACCUUCCUGCUUGUGGGCUGGGUGGCUUUUAUCAUCACCUAUCCCAUGAGCGUGCACCAGCAGCAACAGAGGCAGCAUCAGCUGGAAGAGAAGAUACAGCUCUUGCAGCAGCAGAAGCUGCCCUUCCAUGCUCCCAGUGAUGUACCCGCAGAGGCGGAUUUCAUGGACACCUCCUGUGGGCGGACGGAGAGCUCAGCUACCAGCACACCAAACAUGUCCCCCCGAGCAUCCAACCAUUCUGCAUACUCCAGCAUCUCCACAUCUGACGUUGGGAGCUGUCUCUCCACUGAGCAAGAAGAGAGGGAUGAAGAUGUGAGCAGAGUGAUGGUUGGCAAGAUUUCAUUUAACCCAAAAGAUGUACUGGGACACGGAGCUGAAGGGACAAUUGUUUACAGGGGGACGUUCGAUAACCGCGAUGUGGCAGUGAAGAGGAUUCUCCCCGAGUGCUUCAGCUUCGCCGACCGGGAGGUGCAGCUGCUGCGGGAGUCGGACGAGCACCCAAACGUGAUCCGCUACUUCUGCACGGAGAGGGACCGGCAGUUCCAGUACAUCGCCAUCGAGCUCUGCGCUGCCACGCUGCAGGAGUAUGUUGAGCAGAAGGCCUUCAGUCAGCACGGCUUGCAGCCCAUCGCUCUGCUGCAACAGACGACAUCUGGUCUUGCCUACCUGCACUCCCUCAGUAUUGUCCACAGGGACCUGAAGCCCCAUAACAUCCUCAUCUCGAUGCCCAACGCCCACGGGAAGGUCAAAGCCAUGAUCUCAGACUUCGGCCUGUGCAAGAAGCUGGCAGUGGGCCGGCACAGCUUCAGCCGCCGCUCGGGGGUGCCGGGCACCGAGGGCUGGAUUGCCCCGGAGAUGCUGAGUGAAGACUGCAAAGAGAACCCCACAUACACCGUGGACAUCUUUUCAGCUGGCUGUGUCUUCUACUACGUGGUCUCCGAAGGCAGCCAUCCCUUCGGCAAGUCCCUCCAGCGGCAAGCCAACAUCCUGCUGGGUGCAUACAGCCUGGAGUCCCUCAGUGCUGGGCGGCACGAAGACAUAGUUGCUCGUGAUUUAAUAGAGCAAAUGAUAAACAUGGACCCUCAGAAACGUCCAUCUGCCAGCUGUGUGCUAAAACAUCCAUUCUUUUGGAGUUUAGAAAAACAGCUCCAGUUUUUUCAGGAUGUCAGUGACCGGAUAGAGAAAGAAUUGUUAGAUGGGCCAAUCGUCAAGCAAUUAGAGAGAGGUGGAAGAGAGGUGGUGAAGAUGGACUGGAGAGAGCACAUCACUGUUCCUCUUCAGACAGAUCUUCGAAAAUUCAGAUCGUAUAAGGGAGGGUCGGUACGGGAUCUCCUGAGGGCGAUGAGAAAUAAGAAGCACCAUUACAGAGAGCUGCCUCCCGAAGUGCAGGAGACCCUGGGCUCCAUCCCAGAUGACUUUGUAUGUUACUUUACCGCUCGCUUCCCUCGGCUGCUCCUGCACACCUACCACGCUAUGCACAUCUGCUGCCAAGAAAGGCUGUUUCAGCAUUACUACCAUCAGGACUCUGCAGAGCUGAGCCUCGCAGGAGACGCUGUUUGA